UCUCAUCCCGGCCGUUCUACCCAAUUUUGACAGCGGUAACACGCCAUUGCCAGCGGGUUAGGUCAUAGUCAUCCCCACGUCUCCUGAACUCCUGAAUAUGGCCCCGGAAUAUUUAAAGCGACGGACAGGAAUAUGGAGCUCUUUCGGUGCAUAGGGUUAAAGAUAUUUAACUUCAAGCUAUUCCCUCCUAUGUUCGAGAUUAGGUAUUCUCAAGACGAGAUCUUCUCACGAAUCCCUUACUCCUGAGCGACUCAUCUGCAGCUAUGGGCGUCCUCAAAUUCUUAACCAUAGCCUAUCUGGCGGCUUUCGUCCCGGACGCAUCGGCGCUUCUCGCAUUUCCUGGAGCGGAAGGGUUUGGUCGGAACGCGGUUGGCGGUAGAACGGGGUCGGUUUACCAUGUGACAAACCUGAACGAUUCUGGGGCAGGAUCCUUCCGCGACGCCGUGUCGAAGUCAAAUCGCAUUGUCGUCUUCGACGUCGGGGGAACCAUAAAAAUAACGAAGCGGAUUGCGGUCUCCAAAAAUAUCUACAUUGCCGGUCAGACGGCUCCUAGUAAUGGAAUUACGAUCUAUGGCAAUGGCGUCUCGUUCUCGAAUGCCAACGAUGCCAUUGUGCGUUAUAUCCGAUUCCGCAUGGGCAAAGGCGGUGAUGCCGGCAAAGAUGGUAUCACUAUUGCCGAUGGGAGUAACAUGAUCUUCGACCACGUGUCAGUCACUUGGGGUCGGGACGAGACCUUUUCCAUCAACGGGGCCGUGCACAACGUCACGGUGCAGAACACGAUCAUCGGCCAGGGCCUGCAGACUCACUCGUGCGGCGGGUUGAUGCAGUCGGACUUCGGUAUCAGCCUGUUCAGGAACCUGUACAUCGACAACAAGACGAGGAACCCCAAAGUCAAGGGUAUGAACGACUUCCAGAACAAUGUCGUUUACAAUUGGGGAGGAGGCGGUGCUUACAUCGCCGGUGAUAGUGAGGGCCAGAGCCAUGCCAACAUUAUCAAUAACUAUUUUAUCUCGGGGCCUAGCACAAGCGUAACCGCGUUCACACGAGGGAAUGCCAACUUCCACGGCUACGUAUCAGAGAACUACUACGACAGCAACAAAGACGGCACGCUGAACGGGUCGCCGCUCUGCGUGCAGACGAGCUGCUACAGCAACAUGGACAUCCAGAAGACCAAAUUCGACUACCCGGGACCGGAGCGGCUCAUGGCGGCCCCGGACGCGGUGACCUUCGUGCUGGACAACGUGGGGGCCAACUUCCCGGGGCGCGACGAGGUCGACAAGGGCCUCGUGGCGGAGGUGCAGAGCUUCGGGAAGAAGGGCGAGCUGGUCAGCUCCGAGAACGCGGGGGCCCUGCCGGGGAGCUCCGGGGAACGGGCGCCGACGGACACGGACGGGGACGGGAUCCCGGACGCGUGGGAAGAGGCGCACGGGCUGGAUCCGCGGGAUGCGAGCGACGCGAUGAAGAUUAGCAGUUCCGGGUAUGCGAACAUCGAGGUGUAUCUUAACUCUCUUGUUCCGUCUUCUAAUUGAAGGACAUGAGCAAGCAUCCAUCUACCUACCUAAGGUACCUUACAUGUCUCUAAAAGUAACAAGUUGCGAGUUUUAUUACCUUAGGUACCUGCUUCCACUUACUAAAGAAUGUUCUAUCAAGACUGUGAUUUUAAACUUG